UUUUUUUUUUAUUUUUAUCUUUUCUUUAUCUUUCAUAAUAAAACAAAAUGAUGGCAAAAGACCUUAUUCGUACUGAAGAAGCUAAACAAAAAGCUCUUCAUGAUUUGGAAAAACAAUUUGAUUUGUCUACUGAUCAAUUGAAAAGGAUAUCAGAACUUUUACAAGCUGAAAUGAAGACUGGUUUAAAGAAGGAAGAUACGAAUUGUAAUGUUCCUAUGCUUCCUUCUUGGAUUUGUAGUCAUCCUUCUGGUCAAGAGAAAGGAGAAUAUCUCGGUUUAGAUUUAAGUGGUUCAUAUAUUCGUGUCUAUCUUGUUACACUUCAUGGUCAAGGUCGUAUUACCACACGUCAACUCAAGUAUACUGUCAAGGAAGAUUUAAAAGUGGGUCCAGUCAAUAACUUGAUUGACUUUAUGGCUGAAUGUGUUGAUUCUUUCUUAACCUUUGUUAAUAAAGGUGAUAGCAAGAAUCCUCUUUCCCUUGGUUUAUGUAUCUCUUUCCCACUUCAUCAAACAGCUAUCAAUAAUGCUUAUAUUUUACGUUGGACUAAAGAUUUUGAGAUUACGGGUGCUGAUAAUAAAAACAUGGUUGAACUUUUACAAACUUCCUUCCGUAAACGUGAACUCCCUGUUAUUGUUAAAGCUGCUGUUAAUGGUGCUUCUGGAUGUCUUUUAGCUCACAGCUAUCGUAGUUUGGAUACUUUACUUGCUUGCACUGUUAGUACUGGUACAAAUGCUGCUUACUGGGAAAAGAUAGAUGAUAUUGAAAAGAUUAGUAACAAAGCUAAAAACCCUGAACAAGAAAUGAUUAUUAACACCGAAUGGGGAAGCUUUGGAGAUACUAAAUCUGAAACAAUUCCUCAUACCUUUUAUGAUAUUCGUGUUAAUCGUCAAUCCGUUAAUCCUGGUGUUCAUGUUUAUGAAAAGAUGUGUGCUGGUCUCUAUUUAGGUGAAAUCGUUCGUCUUAUCUUGGUGGAUUUCACAGAUCGUCGUUUAUUAUUUGAUGCUCAAUACUCUUCUGAUCUCAAUAAGGCUUACAACUUUGAAUCUGCCUACAUGAGUGCUAUUGAACGUGAUGAGACAGACGAGUUGGAAGAUACAAAACAUUUGUUAGAGAACGUGAUGAAUUUGAAAUCAACUACUUUAACAGAUCGUAAAAUGGUAAAACGUAUUUGUGAACUUGUAGGUAGACGUGCUGCUCGUUUAGUAGCUGCUGGUAUGAGUGCUAUUGUUAGUAAACGUAAUGCUCUUGAUGGUGGUCUUACUAUCAGUGUUGAAGGUACUAUUUAUGAACAUUAUUCAAACUUCCCUGAUCGUGUAAAUGCUGCUUUACGUGAAUUAUAUGGUGAUAGUGUCGAGAGAAUUAACAUUGGUAUUGCUCGUGAUGGUAAUGGUAUUGGUGCUGCAUUGGCUGCUAUGCUUGCAAGUGAAGCUUAA